UCGAGCGUCUGUCAGACGACUGUACUAAUUAUUGUUAUUUUGAGAAAAUUAUCACAAACUGUUUUUCAUCGUUAUUCAUUGUUUCGGGAAAGUUUCAGUAAACAGUAUACGGCGCCUCGUAAAAUCUGCAAAAUGUCUGAAGACAUUGAUAUAGAGGAACAUGACCUCUUACAAAAUCCAAUAAUACAACGAAUAUUUCCAGAUUUAUCUGUUCUAAAACAAGAAAUUAUGGAUUUUGAUGAAGGUUUCCCAGAAAAAGAAACAAAUUCAAAGGAAACUGAUAAAAAUAUUUUGAUUAAUAAACUUCAGAUUACUGAUCAUGUAAAUAUUAUCUCAGGUACAACAGAGUCACACUUUGCCUCUUCUUUUCAUAGAAAAAUUAUUCUUGGAUCAAAACCAAGCAAAGGAACAAAGAAUUUGACACCACUAUCUAACCUGAAAGUUACGUUACAAAAUAUAAGACCUUAUCUAAUAAGAACAAAGAGAUUUUGUGAUAAAUGUUUAAUACUGUUUCCGAAUAAUGUGUCUCUAAGUCAUCAUAAAGCAAGUGCUCAUACAAUUUUGGAGUGUAACACUAAAGAAGAUUAUCCUUUACACCCUGAGCACGAAAAAAGUUACAAGUGUAGCCUUUGUCAGGGAGAGUAUAGUUCUAAAUGUAGUCUAAGAAGACAUGAAAGGAAUAUUCAUAACAUAGAUCAAAGAUGCAAUAAACAUACUACAACGCAGAUUACACAAGAUGAAGCUGUGGCCAAAACAUUUGAUCUUCAAACAAACUAUGUCUUUCGUGAAGCUUGCUUUCACUGUGAUGAGCUGUUUCCAAAUCAACAAGAUCUUAUUGAUCAUUUGUAUACUAUUCUUUAUACUAAGAAAGCGCGGAUUCCGGCAGAAAAUAUGGAAGGGAGAGAAAUAACACAAGUAGAAAGAUCAAUAAAUAAAACAAAUGAAAUAUUGCAAAAAAAUGUAAUUGUGAGUUCAGAUUUAGGGAUGGAAAAUAAAAAAAGAGUAAGUGAAUCGAAAAGCAUCUAUAGUUGUCCGAUUUGCUCUUACUAUUUCAAUGAAGAAAUGUUUUGUAAAAGCCAUGCUAUGAUUAAGCAUAAAGCAUUGAAAAACAUGCAAAUUGACAAGUCAUCGUUUAAUCCCGUGUGUAAGUUUUGUGAUUUAAAACUUGAUGAUAUAUUGUCAUAUAAUACCCAUUUGCGGAAAAGCCAUAAAAUUGAAAUGCUAAAACCAGUCAACAGUAAUAAUACGCCUUUAACUGAAGGUAGCAUUGUAAAUUUUAAUCCUAAACAUGAACAUUUAACUACAUUAGUACAAAAUUCUAUGAGCCUACAUCAUGAGAAGCCAAUUUAUAAUGAUAUUCAAAUUUUAGCUUCAAAAAUUAUACUUUUUAAAUGUUCAGAAUGCAAUAUUAAUUUUUUGACUUAUGAUGCUGCUUUCGAACAUUUAGAACAUUUAAGGUUUAAAAUAAAUUGGGAAUGUAGGAGUUGUCACCGACUUUUUAAAGAUAAAGAUGCGAAGAUUCAUCAAAAACAACAUCAGUAUUCCGAAUAUUUUGUAAUCAUAAAGGUUCUUGCAGAAGUUCAGCCGACAAUUUUGUAUAAAUGUCCCAUGUGUGCUGUGCAUUAUAGUAAAGAAAAAAUUUCUGAUCAUUGCGGUAUUUGUGAAUCUGAACGAUCUCGAUCAUUUGACUCAUCAUAUUGUAAAUUUUGCGACAUUCUCAUAGAAUCUAGCAUUAAAACAAGUCACGAUAAUGACCAUAAUUUAAGAAAUUUGACUCCGUCUGAUAUUAAAAUCAUUAAUUUAGAAUCAUCUUUUAUAAAGAAUAGUGACAAGAAUCAUAACGAAAAUUCCCUGGAUGGUUUAUAUAAAGUAAAAAAGCCUUUUUUACCAGUUUCCAUAAAGAUUGAUCCAGUAAAUUCUGCGAAUACAAAAGUUGAUAGCAAAUGUGAAGAUGCCACAAGGAUAGCAAAAUUUGGCAUUUCUGCAAAAAAACAGCUAAGUUAUAACUUUUGUAAUGUGUGCAAAUGCAACAUAAGCAGAGUUUUUAAAAAAGAUGUUCAUCUCAAAUCGCUUUGUGUAAAUAUUUUAAAAUAUAUAUGCAAGUUUUGUGGACUAAUGUUUUCCAAUAAGUCAAUAAUUUCGCACAAAAAGUGGCAUCAACAGUACAAGACUUUAAAACUGCAAGACAUAACAUUCUACAGCAUGCAGACUAACAAGGUAAUCAAACCUCUGAUACCAGAAUUCCCUAAAUGUGAAUUAUGUGAAAAACAUUUUAUUUCAAAGGCUGAGGUAAAAGGACAUCUAUGUGAUAUAAAUGAUUAUCUCAUAUGUUCCGUCUGCAAAACUAAAUUCUCGGAAUCAGCUUAUAAAUUACACAUGCCAUUUCAUAGUUAUAAAUUGAAAAAUAAAAGUCAUGAACUUGUUCAUAAAACCAAAACUUGUAAAAAACGAAAUGAAGUUCAUAAAAGUAUUUCAAACAUAGAUGAAGCGAUACCAAUUAUUUAUACAUGUAAAAAUUGUAAUGUGUCUUUAAGCACAUAUGAUGAUGUAAUAGAACAUUGCCAUUUACAUACAAACCUCAACAAAGUGGAUCUAAAUGGUGUUGAAUGUGCAAUAUGCCAGUUGAAAUUUGAUAACUCAUCCUUUAAUAAACAUGGAGAAUGGCAUAAAAAUUUUGAAAAUGUAAAAUUUACACGGUUUAAUUUUGAUGUAUCGUAUUUUGGAUCUAGUAAGUGGUUAAAACAUAUCUUUAAAUCACUAUCUAAAGAUGAAGUAAAUAAACUAAUUAAAGAUUCAAUAUACAAAUAUGAAACUAGAAUUAAAAUGCAAGUUAUACAAGAAGGUCCAUCCAAUCUAACGAUGUACAAAUGUGAAAAAUGUGAUUGUAUUAUAGGUUCUAAUUCUAUUUAUAGUCAUAUAGUAACUUGCUGUCCAAAUUCUGAAAUGAGUGAUUGUACUUUUUGUGAUUUAUCUUUUGCUUGCAGUGUAACUAGAAAUAAUCAUGAAAAAAUUCAUGUGACACCUGACAUAACCGUAAAAUCCUAUAGAAUUGUUAUGUUUAAUCGGCAACAAGAUCAUAAUAUAAAUUAUAACAUAUCAAACUUUAAAAAAUGCUAUGUCGUCUACGAAUGUAGAUUCUGCCAUGUACUUGUAGAAAAUUACGACUAUGUUUACCAUGUAUGUUACCGUAGUGAUUCUAAAAAAUGUCAUUUUUGUGGUUUAUUACUUUGCGCGGAAAACUUAGAUGAUCACAUUUUGAAACAUAAACUAAUUCCGAGUUUUAAUGAAAAUAAAAUUAAAGUAGUCUUACUCGGUAACAAAACUGAGGAAAAUAAUAUUUUGCAAAGACACAAUAAUAUAUUGCUACCAACCUUUAAUGGAAUUGUGUGCGAUUAUACAUUUCAUAAAUGUAUUGAUUGUGAAGUAUGCAUAAGGGAUGCGCGGAAUACGGUUCACCAUUCUUGUCUUAUUGAUGCUGCAAAGUCUCAAUGUACAAAAUGUGAUUUAAUAUUUGAUGAAGGGAAACUAAAAGGACAUUUAAAAUUACAUGACACAGACCCCGAUUUCACUAAAGAAACGAUACAAGUGAAACCUUUUACUAAUCGCAAACCAAGUAAAAAUGUCGACAAACCUAAAAAGUUUUUGGCUAUUGAAGUACAAAAAAAUGGCAAGAAUAGCAAUGAAAAUAUUAAGCAUAUUACAAAUGUAAAUCCUAAAAUAACCAAAUUAUAUAAAUGUUCCUGUGGUGUACAUUAUGUGCAACAAUCAUCAUUACAAGAACAUAUGAAAAAAUGCUCUGGUAAGAAUAAAAGUAAGCAAAAUAUUCAAAUCUGUUUCAAAUGUGGUCUUAAUUUUACGUCAGAUGGAUUAUUUAGACAUUUACUCGAACAUCAUGGGGACAAAAAUGUUGUAUUUAAAUUUGAAAUAGUUGAAAAUCUGAAGGAUGGGUAAUACAGCAGCU